AUGAAAAUACCACCCAAAGUCACGGUGUUAGGCAGGGAUCAGUUUGACCUGUUUAUGUUCGAAUGCGGAGGAAAGAACUACCUUCAAGGUCUUGAGGCUGGACCGUGGCUUUUAUGGAAAUUCCUGCGCGAUUUAGGCCAGGAAUGCCAGCUUCAGAUCAGCCCCAAAGGCGAUACCAACUUUCUCUUCUCGGUGACCGAGUUGUUUGACAUGAAGGGCAGAUACCAGGCCCGGGGUCAACAGCCACUUUAUACAGUCAAUAAUGAAUUGAGCAAGGUCAAACUUGACUUUAAGCCAGAAGUGCAAGAGGAACAAGACCUGACUGGGCAGAAAGAUCCGGAAGAAGAGCAACAAGAUCGAGACACCUCGAAACCAUCAACAACGCCAAAAACGCCAAAAACGCCAAGAAGCUCAAGAAGCUCAAGCGACUCAGAUCCUGAUCAUCAGGCAGGCAUUGAACUACCAAGCCAUGUGCUAGUUAUAGAUGACUCUGAGGGAGCCUUGUUCCGAUCCGAAAAUACGACGCCAGAAAUCCCGAAAAAUUCCUCUGUUGUCUUCUACCAAACUAGGUGUCCAGAAAAAUUGGGAUCAGAUGAAAGCCCAGCUCUCUGGAAACUCUCCGAUGAAGACAGCUUGAAAGAACUCUUCAUAAUCAUUGACGUUGAAGACCUGCGGAAUAAUGGGAUAUCAAUCAGCCGCAAUUUAUCUUGGGAGAAAGCUGCUGCUGAUACAGUGGAAAAUUUCAAACCGGAAAAAUUCCUACAAAACGUUCCCGAUACCAAGUGGACGAAAAUUAAGUGGAUCAUUCGUUUCGGCGACGCAGGUGUGAUUGUAUUACAGAAAAGUGCACAGCAAACAAAUGCUCACCUCUAUUUUGACCCGGAGAAAGGCGAAAGCGAUUUCAGCCAGGAACACUCGCCAAAUCCGGUAGCGCUCGAUGCAGCAUUCCUGGGUGGACUUGUAUUCAAAGCAAUGCAGGAAAUCCACAAUAACGAGAGAUCUGAAAAGAACCCGAUUGAAGCAGGCUUGUGUUGCGCUCGUUAUCUUAUUAAUGAGGGCACUGUUAAAGCUUCAGAUACAAAUGACUCUAUUGAAUACCCCAAGUUGGCAUUUGGAGAAGCAAUUCAACUUCAGGAUUCCGUCAUCCCUGGAUCCAAUUUCGAUGAAUGGUCUAUCUUGAAAGAUACCCAUGGCGCAAAGGAGAAAAAUGAAACUAGUUCUGCAAAAAUGCUCGAACUCGGUACAAAGAUUGCCAAAGAAGGAAUCAAAAUUGCAUUGUCAACUGUCCCAACAGCCCAAUUUGGCAAUAUUUUUACGGCUGAUAAAUCGGAGGUCGAAAGUUUUCACCGAAUCUCAAAUCGAGUAGAAGAAUAUCUCAAAGAGGCUGAGAAUUUCUACUCAUUUUCAAACGGAGAGAAGUCGGAUCUCAACACUACGCGGAAAAAACCACUGUCCAUUGGGGUUUUUGGUAAACCAGGGUCUGGAAAAUCUUUUGUGAUCAAGCAGAUCAUAGAAGAGAUCACUAAAAAAAUCCGACAUGGAAAGAUCAACAAAUAUCCAGAUUUAUAUUGGAAUCUUUCUCAGUUUCUGGACUACUCUAAUCUCCUGGUUGCCUUCCAGACCGUCCGUGAUAAGACAGUAUCGGGUCAGGUUCCCAUUGUUUGCUUUGACGAGUUUGAUACGAGUUUGAAUGGAGAACUCGGAUGGCUCAAGUUCUUUCUCGCGCCUAUGCAAGACGGGGAAUUCUUUGACCAAGGGCAAAGCCGGCCUAUUGGCCACGCCAUUUUCAUCUUUAUCGGAGGCACUCGGUUCACGUACGAGGAAUUUCAGAAUGACAAAAUUCAAUUUAUUCCUUCCGGAUCCAUCAAUACUCCCGCUGAGCCUUCGACAGGAGGAGAUAGUUACAGUCAAAAGGAAAAGGCUGAAAAGGCUGCUCGAGCUGUCAAAUUACCAGACUUUGUGAGCAGAUUGCAUCGGCAUCUCGAUAUACAGGGUUACGACAAGCCUUCUGACCAAGACCCUGUGUACAUUAUUCGACGGGCGAUUCUAAUUCGUUCCAAGCUAAAAGAAAGGGGGUUAGAGUUGACGGGAAAAGAAGAACUGAAGGAAGAAGAGAUUCCUACGUUGGAUGACUCUAUGCUCAAUAAAAUUCUUAUCGCAGAUAGUUAUAAGCAUGGUGCUCGAACGAUCGACAAUAUCUUCAAGGGAAGCAAGAUCACUGAUGGCAAGCUUCAUCUUAACCCACUUCCUUCUGACGAAGUGGUUCUUCCGACGAGGGAGUCUUCUUAG